AUGGAGCCCCGGGGGGUGCUGCUAGGUGCGGAGGCGCCGGGACCCGCGCCCUCGGAAGAGCCCCGGGCCGCCGGGGAGCCGCCCGCCGCGGGAGCGCCCCUCACGGAGGGCGGCUGCGUGGCGGCGGCCCCGGACCCCGACGCCGAGCGCGGGUCCUCGCAGGAGCCGGCCACCCCGCGGGAGCAGGAGGCGCGGCUGGAGGGCCGCCGCCGCGCGCGCUCCUUCUCGCUGCCCACCGACACGAUCCUGCAGGCGGCCCAGUUCCUGCGGCAGCGCCAGCCGCCUGCCCCGGGGCCGGAGGGCGGCGAGGCGGCCGAGGACGCGCCGCUAGGUCAGGGCGACUGCUGCGCCAAGUGCAAGAAGCGGGUGCAGUUCGCGGACGCGCUGGGGCUGAGCCUGGCCCGCGUGAAGCACUUCAGCGGGGCCGAGGAGCCGCAGGUGCCCCCCGCCGUGCUCUCCCGCCUGCGCAGCUUCCCGGCGCGCGCCGAGGACCUGGAGGGGCUCCCCGGCCUGCUGGCCGCGGUGGUGGCCGCGGGCCCCCGCGCGCCGCCGCCGCCCCGGCUGCAGCCCCUCUUCGAGCUGCCGGGGCCGAGCGCCGCGGCCGCGCGCCUGCGGAGACAGCGCGUGUGCUUGGAACGCGUGCAGUGCGCGGCGCCCGGCGGCGCGGAGGUGACCGGCUCGGGCCGGGUGCUGGGCUGCCCCGGGCCGCGCACCGUGGCCGUGCGCUACACUUUCACCGAGUGGCGCUCCUUCCUGGACGUGCCGGCCGAGCUGCGGCCCGAGCCGGGGAAGCCCCUGCCGCCGGACGCGCCGUCGGGGGAGCCCGGGGACGGCGAGGAGGAGCCCGACGCCGAGCGCUUCCACUUCGCGCUGUCCCUGCCCCCGGGCCUGCUGCCCACGGAGGGGGAGGACGCGGAUGCGCCGGGCCUCGCCGUCCACUUCGCCAUCUGCUACCGCUGCGCCCAGGGCGAGUACUGGGACAACAAUGCGGGGGCCAACUACACGCUGCGCUCGGGGCGCCCGGCAGACGCGCUCUGAGCCCGCGGGGCUGCGCUGAAGGCGCGUGACGCCCAGGCAGCCGGGCACCGUCCCCCCGGGGAGAGGGAGGCCCUCAGUGAAAGCUCCUUGGCACCCAGACAGAUCCUGCCAGCAAGCACUGAGCCCGGGCCAACCGCCCUGCCUUCCCAGCCUCUUUGGCGUUUGGAAUUCUAGCCCCGCAUCGAAUGGGAAGAAGUCCUGAAGAUUCCGAGCAGGGACAUUCCUCCACGAAUAAGACUCUUGAGCGAGGCUGCAAACCCUUGGAAUCUGUUUUUAACUGUGGACGCCCCUUCAGCUCUCAGGGAGAGGUGGAAGCAUCGCGCCAAGGGCUGGCAUGGAUAGCGGGUCCCCAGGAGCCUCCGCGUCGUUGCUGCCUUUUCUCUUAAUCGGGAUCUGGGGAGUGUUUGCGCUUGCAUACAGAUAUCCUUUUGAAAAUUUAAGGCCUCAUGCAUGGCUGCUCCCUGAUAUUUCAGCUCCCGGCAGUUUGGGAGGCCUUGGCAGUCGGGCCAUCUUCAGCGGAUGCUGCUGCACUUUAAGCAAACCGCAGUGUUUUAAAUUUUCCUUGUUCCAUCCCUCCUCUCUGAUGUGGUAAGGGCCUAGAUUUUCCAUAGUGGGUUAGAGUGUUCUUAAAAACGUUUUGUAUAAGUCGUUCUUUCCUCAGGCAGAAGAAGAUGCUUGGUGAGUUGAAAUGCCAGAGUGAUCCUCAGGCCUUGGCUGUGAGCCGUCAGAGCCGGUCCCUGGCCUCCAGCUCCAGCAGGCAAAACACAUGGUUGCUGCUGGACUUCUGGGCCAUCAGCAGUCAGAGGAGCUGGACUCUCGAUGGCCGGACUCCGCAGCAGGAGAUGAGGGAAGGAAAGAGUCUUCUGUGCCUCUUGGAGCCACAGUGUGGAGUGGUGACUUGAAGGAUGAAGCCUGCCCACCAAGAAGAUCCUGCUCUGAACCCACUGGGCACCUUGCACAGGCUACGACUAUGGGCACCAGUCUGGUUGGUGGUCUUCAUUCACUGCUGAUGGCCGUGGAUGCCAGGAUAAGGUGGCCAUGCACGACCAGGGCCGGUGAGCCUCCUGAGGACUCGACUUCUUCAGAUAUCCGUCAUCCCUUGGUAAUCGGUCUGUCUUUGGUUUUCACAAGUUCGGGCACCUGGCUGGUAUGGUCAGCUCCGUUUUGCAAUGUUAAUCUUCAGGGAGCGGCGGUUUCACUGCCACUUUCUAAGAACCAGGGUAGGCAACCUACAGCCCAUGGGCCAGAUGCAGCCUGAAGGUUGUUCUUGUAGGUCCUGAGAGCUAAGAAUGUCUUUUCCAUUUUUAAACAGUUGGAAGAAUUCAAAAGAAGAAUACUGUUUUUGUGACACAUAAGAAGCGUACAGAAUUCAAAUGUCAGUGCCUGUCAGUACAGGUUUGUAGGAACACAGCCAUGCAUGUUCAUGUACAUGUUACCCGCUUCAUCUUCCUGCCACAAGUGCAGAGAUGAGUAGCUGCAAGAGACCUCAUGGCAAGCUCUGCAAUAGUUACUGUCUGGCCCUUUAGAGAAAGUCUGCCAACCCCUGCUCUAGAGAAGUAGUUUUUUUUUUUGUUUGUUUGUUUUUUUUUAAACUAUAUGUUGAGAGUUACACUUAACAAAGCAGUUAAAAUUUUAGUAAAAAUUUGUCGCUUGACAUAAACCUCCUUUGGGUAAAGGCAAAACUGGUCGCAUUACUCUGGGUAAUCUUGAUUACAAUAAACGCUAAGACACUGAAUAAGUAUCUUAGUGCACUGAUAGGAAUGAGCACAAUUAUUCCUGUACUGGGGAGGGGACUCCAUAUGCUGCUUCUAAGAAAUAGCAGAGGGACUUCCCUCCCUGGUGGCCCAGUGAUUAAGAAUGUAGGGAAUGAGGGUUUGAUCCCUGGCUGAGGAACUAAGAUCCCCUAUGCUGCAGGGAAAAAAAAAAGGAGAAAAAAAGAAAUAAUAGAAAGUCAAGACAGCUAAACUAUGGCACUUCUCAGAAUUAACAUCAAGCUACAAAAACCUGCCAGAUAUUUUCAUGCCUCAAAAUGGGAUGUCUCAAGCUAUAGAAAUAUUUAGUUUGAAGUCUGGUUUGUAAAAUAUCCUUUUUGACUAUGGCCGUGUUUGCCAAAGGUAACUGACCAUGGAAAAAAAAUUUAAAUACUGAUUUAUGAGUGGAAAGCCAUCAGAAGUUAAUGAACUACGAUUUACAGCUGGAGUAAAGCGGACCUAAAAAAAUGGUCAUGUGGAUGACCUCAUUCACAUGUGCUUAUAAAAAAAACUUCAUAAUGAUAAAGUGGCCCAGCGGGUGUGGCUGGGGACACCGGGCAGCUCUGUGAGGGCGGCGGACCAUGGCUCGGGGGCCGUCCUGCAGCAGGGGCGGUGGCAGUGGCCACCCAGCAUCCAGCUGCAGGGCUGGGGGGCCUUCUCCCGACAGGUGUGCCGUGCGUUCCCCACCUGGCCAUGCCCCCGCCUGCCGCACCCCUCCUGCCCUGACCAGGCGAGGGCUUCCUGGGAGAUGCUGUGGGUUUGAGCCACGCAGAGCUGGCUGCUUGUCUAAUUUCGGGAGGCUUGUUUUGGAGUCCUGGCGUAUCAUUUUAUGAGUUCCCACGUUUCUGCUCUCUGGCACAGCGGUGUUUAUGUGUUUCAGUCUGCUCGGCUUCCUCAUUCCCUCACUCAGCUGCUUGUUUCUGAGGAGCGUGUGGCUUGGAGCCACGUAGGGUAUUGUGACCUGAGUCGUGUGUACUUUGUCAGGAGUGCAAGGAACAGCCUUCGGGAAGAAAUGGGAGGUUCUGCUCUUGUGCGACAUCACGGUACUGGUGUGCGUUUCUGGCUCACGUCAUGGGACACGGGUUUGUAGGUUAAAAGGGGUCACCGUGCGUGCUGUAGCUUAGCAGGCAGCCCUGACAAACAGUGGGCUGUUUGCAGUCCAGCUUUGCCCGGCCAGCCCCUGUGACGCCAGGCCUGGACGGUCUGCCAGCAUGGGGGAGGAGGUGUGCUUUGCGCAGUCACAGAGGCAAGGGGCUGAGCAGAAUCUGGGUCCAGCCCAGUGACCCUCCUUUCCUCCUGCAGGGCCAUCCUGGCCUUACUGUCAGUAAGCGGGCCGGUGCCUGAAGCCCCUUCGGGAGAGGCCGACCCUGCUUCUCCUCGGGAUUCGUGAUGGAUGGACACACUCCCCCAGGUGGCCUGCUGUGUCUCCUCCUCGUCCAGGCUCCCUUCUGCUGAUCAGCGGACUGUCAGGACGCAGCACUUUGUGGUCCUUUCAGCCUCCCAGGCUGGUGGCUGGACAGCUAAACAGUGUAACUUUAGGCUCGCCAGGACUGAAAGCCCUUUGACUCUGAUGUAGUAUUUGCAUCCUGGAGAGUUAGUUCUUUGGCUUCACCCUCUGUGAACAGACACAUUUUUGGUAAAGAAAGAAAUGAGUCACCUUUUGGCUGCAGGGAGAUUUCUGAGAUGGCGAAGAUCAAGGACUCGCUGUUAAGGUGUGACAGUGAGACGUACUUGGUGAAUCUAACAGAGGAGCGGAAGUCUACGAAGUCAGGAGUUCAGAGCCAUUUCAACCUGGAAAUCUUUAGAUACACAAACAUCUCUGGGAAAGCAAAGAUGCUGUAGAGACACUGCCAGACAUUUUGGAGAAAUCAGACUUGUUAAUUACCCAUCCCACUGGUAUUGUUGGCACUGCUCAGGUUCUCUGAAACGUGUUAAGCCAUUGCUCAAGGAGAACCAGCAGCCUCCUAAUGUGUCCAGAAAUGGGAAACUCAGUCUGAAACUCUGAAUGGAGUAAAGAGUGAAAGCAGGUGUUUGGUGAACUGAGCUUGAAACGUUUAACCUCCAGGUGGAAGAAUACCUGCGCAGUCCUGCAGAAGGCCUUUCUAGAAACAGCUACACAUGUUCUGUUGAGAAAACACCCACCUGAGCAUGUGAGAAGUUCAUGGUGGGGGGAAAUUCAUGGUCCUUAAAGGGGCCGCCUGGAAGGGCUCUAAGAUGUUUGUGGGUACAGCGCCUCCAGGGACAGCUCUGGGAGAACGCCUGACAUCAGGAGGCUGUUUGGAUGCAGCUGAAUCGGCGUUUUUCAUACCCGAAGUGGGAGAAACAGGUGACUGUCUCUUGUAGGACGUUAGGUUUUGUCUGAUUUUUACAUUACAUAAAAAGAAAUGUGCAUUUACAUUCAGAACCACUUUAAAUGGCUUAGAGAAUUCCAUUUUGUAUGUCCUUUUCAGCCUGGUUGAGGAGAAUAUGUUCUUUCGGAAAAAACAAAACCAGCCCACAUUUAGAUCUGGGAUUCCCUUGCUUAUUUUCCCAUCCCAGAACGUCUGAACCAGAGGUGCUUCUGUUAAUGGCAUUUGAGGCUUUGCUGGGUUUUUUUGUCAUCUUUAAUGACUUUCUGGGAACGUCCCUGGUGGUCCAGCUGCUCAGACCCUGCGCUCCCAAUGUAGGGCUAGGGUUUGAUCCCUGGCCGGGGAACUAGAGCUCACGUGCCACGACUAAGGAUCCUGAGUCUCUCAGCUAAGACGUGGCCAAAUCCAUAAAUAAAUAAAAGAUUAACAACAACAAGAAAACGGAAUUUCUGCACUGAUGCAACUGCCCUGAAAGACUAGUUUUUCUUGCCGGGGAAACACCUUCAGAAUGGGCUGCGACGUCUUGGGUUCUGAGGCUGGGGGCUGCCCAGCCCUGCAUGGCCCGCCGACCUGGAGCCAGGAGCCGGUGCCAGGGAGAGGAUGUGCCACGUGGGGCCUGGGCCCGAGGGUGGCGGGACCUCCCUGCCCCGAGACCCUGGGCUGGGCAGGGUGGGCCGCAGGCUGCCGUGAAGACCAGGGCAGGGCUCUGGGGGCCCUGACCCGACAGCGUGCAGGCGGCUCAGGAGACCCCAGGGAUGAGUCUGUUAAGCCAAGGGUUUCUAAAGCCAUCGGCGCCAAUCUCUGUAGGACAGACACCUGUGACCCGUUACUUGUACGUGACCGCGGAGGCCGGGGAUGGUCCGGUAGCACGACCCGGCUCCAGCGCGGGGGCUCCCUUGUGUGAGCGAUGGUCUGACUUCAGCCCAGUGUGGUUGAAUCCGUGGCCACCUCAAUGUCACCAAAUACCCAUAUCGUUCCUUCAGGGUCUGAAAAUGCAACACGGCUCACCCCAGGGUGUCUGGAAGCCCUGAGCUCUCGAGGGAGGCUGCUCCGGACAGCUCUGGCUCACAGAGGGGUGGGGGCAGGUCUCAGGGUCCAAGACGACCGUGGCCGCGUGUGUGUGGGGGGCACACAGAGCCUGCCCUCCCAAGUCAGAACUGUGGGGGCCCGAGCGGUCCGUGUCGCCCACCCUCCCAGACAGGAUAUUUUAACGUGCUUGUGAGGAAUUCUGCACAGUCCCUGCUAAUAAUGUGAGAGAAAGUAACCUCAUUAACCUUCCUUUUGACAUGUGCCUGAGAAAUGUGCCUGGUGGGAUAUCUGGCUGGAGAAACAGGUUUCUGUGAAUGUGAUUCUGACACUGUUUAAACUCAGAACUACUGUAGUCCGAACCCAGCCCCUGUGUUUCUCCUCGAUUUUUAAAAGGAUGAUUAUAUCUUUGUGGUUUGAAAAUUCUUUUCAGUUCUAAGGAAUUUGGAGGAAGUGUUCUGGGAGCUUCUCUGCUGUUAUGGUGAUAUUUCUGUAUGUGCUACACUGGAAAAAAGUGCUGAACCCAAAGUCCUAAUUUGAAUAAAGAAUGUGAAGUGAUUUGGGACCGUGAAA